CCUGACUGCGCUGCACCGGCUGCCACACUGGCACCCACUGCACUACUACUAACAUUGUAGUACUACUACUGGCGCUGGCAUGGCACUGGCACUGCACGCCAACCACUGCACCAACUGAAUUGAACUGACUGACUGACUGGUUCAUUGCAGUGACUGGCAUCACAACGAAAACACAUCAACAGUCCAGCAGAGUACAGCACACGGCGUACAGCUUUCCAUUCACGCCCUUGUCGUCGCUCUUGUCCCAAUCCUCUUGUUUUCCUUUCGCGGACAUUGUUCUCGUUGCCUCCCUAAACUGGACGCGUCUCUGUCAAUUGCUCUCCUUCCCCUACCGACGCCGCCUUCAGACCAGAAACCCAACCACGUCGCCUCCUCUAGCCCGCUUCUAAGGGUGUCGCGUUGCCUUGUAUGGAACCCUGCCGGACAUCCAAAGACCCGUCGCCCAUAUCAACGCGCUAUUGAGGCUGCGCCCUCUAAUCAAGAAGUCGGUCUCAAAACCUCGGCUGAUCCCCAAAAUCUCACUACCUGAGCCUCUUUCCGCUGGUUCGGUAUUCUUCCCACAGUUGGCGUCUCGCGUGGGUCUUGUGUGGGUGGCAGAAAAGAGACAGUUCCAGACCUUCACGACCAGGGACAAUUGACAAACCAACAAGGGGUGGAUUGUGUCCCCGACCGAAGCGCUCUCAGCUGAAGACCCAGGGCGACGAAUGUUUACUCAACUGGACUCGCGCACAUACAUGCAAGAACCGCCUUGAAAGAUCAAACAUGGCGGCACCUGUUGACGAUCCGCAACAGGGGAACCCUGGGGUAACGAGAUACACAAUAGGUGCACCUCGAGACCAGAGUCAACCUGGCCAGCAGACGUCGUCAAACGCGCAAUACUCCCCGUAUGGUCAACCGGUUCAGUCCAAUGGCAGUCCAAACGAUGCACAAUAUGACAGUGAUGCCAGAUAUUCCACAGACAGCAGGACCGGCAGAAAGAGAUCCCCAGGCGGGACCGGUAACAGUGCGAGAAGCAGAUCACGGACGAACGGCAGCGCUGGGAAAUCGCCUAGUAGAUCAGUGCGGACGUGUAAGAAGUGUGGUGAGGCUUUAACCGGUCAAUUCGUACGUGCGCUCGGUGGUACAUUUCACCUGGAUUGCUUCAAGUGCGCCGACUGCGGCCAGAUCGUCGCAUCCAAGUUCUUUCCUGUUGACGCAGAGGACGGGUCCGGCCAAUUCCCUCUCUGCGAGACAGACUACUUCCGACGCCUGGAUCUGUUGUGUUUCAAGUGUGGAGGUGCGCUUCGGGGCUCAUACAUCACUGCGCUCGACCGCAAGUACCACAUUGAACAUUUUACCUGCUCUGUCUGUCCAACCGUCUUUGGUGCGCAGGACAGUUAUUACGAGCACGAUGGACAGGUCUAUUGUCACUACCACUACUCGACGCACUUUGCCCAACGCUGCAACGGCUGUCAGACCGCCAUCCUUAAGCAGUUUGUCGAAAUCUUCCGCAAUGGGCAGAAUCAACACUGGCAUCCUGAGUGCUACAUGAUCCACAAGUUUUGGAACGUCCGCCUUGGACAAAAUGGCCCAGUCGCAGUCAAGAAAGACAUCGACGCACCAGUUACAGAAGAUGAGCGGGAAAUGGUCAAAGAAGAUGAAGACAAAAUGGAAGACAAGGUCUACCGGAUCUGGAGCACUCUCUCCACCUUCGAAGAGUCCUCAGCUUCUUGCAUAUCUGACAUGCUCCUGCAUGUAAGCAACGGAGUUUAUGUGGACGGUGUGAUUGUGGCACGCAAAUUCAUCUGGCAUGUUGACAUUCUCUUUGGUGCAAUUGAUACACUCGCCGCCCUGGUCGUCAAAGCUGGGCUCAAAGAACUGGCCUAUGGUCGCGAAGCGAAACUUCUAUGCAAAAAGGUGGUUGCCUUCUUCACCCUUCUGUCUAGGACACAGGAGACCGGUGUACGCAAAUUAGGAGUUACACAGGAGCUGUUGUCCUUGGUUACUGGUCUGGCACACUACCUGAAGCUCCUCAUUCGGAUCGGCCUCCAGGGAGCUCUCAAGCUUGAACGUGAGCGAGGCUCGCCAGAAGGUCUCCAUGCCUUCCUGGAUGAGCUUGCAGACUUGGAGACGAUCAAAGAGCAAGAGAUGAAAUCGCUAGACCUGACAGAGAGCGUGGCUGGCCUUGCUAGUCAAGAGUCAGAUUGUUGUUCAGCAUGCUUCGAACCGAUCGACGAUGAAUGCGUCAUGAUUUAUGGACGGCGCUGGCAUCUAAAGCCACCUCAUCUGGCAUGCAUUGUCUGUCAGCGAGAUCUUACGACCGACCUCCCUCAAGCUGUCUACAGCGAGAGAGACGAAAAAGUCUACUGUGUAGACCACGCCGGUCGAGCUCAGGACACCGUUUCUGGCUUCUCUCACGUUACCAAACUGCAACAGUAUGUCUUCCUGCUUCGUGUGGCUUUGGCCCGGCUGCUUGAAGUGCUCAAGUCGGGUGGUACUUUGCCGCACACAUCGGACGAUCCAAACCUGACACCAUACGACACCACGGAGGGCCAUCGAGUUUCGCCGAUAGGUGAACAAAUGACACCUCACCAGAAGAUGGGCUCACGGUCGCGAUCUUACGCAGGUGCGUCAAGUCAGCCAGAAUCUUCGCUCGAACAAACCGUCGGAGAGAUGAAACGACUGAGGUCGACUCGGAACGAACGAGCUCUGUCUACGACUUUCCGCAAAGCUCGAGAGUCAAAGGUGCUGUAUGGUCCCGGCGGAGUCCGGCCAGGGUCUGCCGGUGGAGACAGCCAGGAAGCCAGGAAUCGUGGUGGCUUCCAAAUCGUAGAAGAGCGAGAUCUGGACGGGCGGAUGAGACCCGAAUUGACGUUUGGGAACCAGGACGGUCUAACUCUGGACGAUAUCCCGCGGAUUGUCGCUGCUGAGCAGGCAAAAGAGCAGAGACCCAAUGCAUUCCGGCAUGCAGGGACCAACCUCAUUGGCCACCGAGGCAAUGAACCGAGAUUGGUUAAUGGCCAUCAUCGGGCAUCCUCACUCGGCAACGAUCUUCUGGCGGGCGAACCGAAUCCCCUGCGUACCAAGCGGUACUUUUCGGAAUUGUCUGCAUUGGAAUACUUCAUUGUGCGACACGUGGCUGUUCUCUCCAUGCAACCUCUUCUGGAAGGCGAAUACACUCUCGAAGACUUGCUCGGCCUGAUCGAGACGAGAAAACAAACCUUCUGGGGCAAGGUCAGCCGGGCGCUUCGUAAUGAUGGGAAGACGAAGAAGAAAGGCAUUUUCGGAGUGCCACUUGAGACACUGGUCGAGCGCGAAGGGGCCGAGUCAACCAAUGGAGUUGGGCCUGGGGCCCUGAGGGUCCCUGCGAUUGUGGACGAUUGCGUCUCUGCCAUGAAGCAAAUGGACAUGUCAGUCGAAGGCGUGUUCCGAAAGAACGGAAACAUCAAGCGCCUGAAAGAAACGUCCGAGUUGAUCGACUCCAAUCAAACACCCGACCUGAACCGCGAAAAUCCCGUGCAGGUCGCCGCGUUGCUCAAGAAAUUCUUGAGGGAGAUGCCAGAACCUCUACUAACCUUCAAGCUGCAAAAGCUAUUUAUCAUAUCUCAGAAGAUUCCGGAGGAGGAGCGCCGAAGAAGAAUCCUCCACCUGACAUGCUGUUUGAUGCCCAAGAGUCAUCGUGACACCAUGGAAGUAUUGUUCUCUUUCCUUAAGUGGGCAGCCUCGUUCUCGCAAGUGGACGAAGAAUCGGGAAGCAAGAUGGACAUCCACAAUCUUGCCACGGUCAUGGCACCCAACAUCCUGUACGCGAAGGACAAGACGCCCAAUGCGAAGCAACCGGCGGUUCCGCAAGUCGACGACAGUUUCCUAGCCAUCGAAGCAGUCAACACCUUGAUCGAGUACAAUGACUACUUCUGCCAGGUCCCUGAAGACUUGCAGUCCAUCUUGACCGAUACCGGCCUACAUACAGGGUCGGCUGAGCUAACGACCAAAGAAAUCCUGUCUCGAUAUGGCCAUAUUGCAAAGGGCCAGAUUCAGAAACAAACUGUGCAAGCUGCGGAUGCUCCCGUGCAUAGUCCAAGCUCAACAAACUCAAUCGGUCCAGUGGCAACACGCGUCGAUGUUGAUCCUUCUCAAGCCACCGCAUGGCAAAAGCAAAGCUCGGUCCGUCCUGUGCAAAACGUGGCAUCGACCACAUCUGGGCCAGCCAACGAGUUCAACUUUGGUACCCCAAAUAGCCCGUAUGCUCGAAAGAGAGCGGGUAGCAAUGACAGCGCCGGAAGCCACGGUGCAGCACCUACUGGGCGUCAGAGUUAUCAACCCAGGCCUGGCCAGAUGGGAAUUGCAGGUUGACCUGAUGACUGUUUGAACAUACCUCAUCGAAGAAGUCAUCAUGAGCUGGUGCUGUCGAACUGUUGAGUUUAUCACAUUUCGAGCUGGCCUUUCGUUACAGGGGAAGAACUCAAAACAAGGGAUCUCGAUCCUGAACAAACUCACUUGCCGUUGUCGAAAACUUGCUACACCACACUUCCUCGAAGGACAACACUACCAAUGAGUCAGUUUACCCUUUCAGAAGGAGAUCUAUGUCUCGACACCGGCUUGACACUUUUGUCUCUACCAAACCGGCGGUCGAGGAAGCGGUCGUGGAAAGCAGUCUUUGCCAGCUUUACUUGUUUCUUUUUUUCAGCAUGGAUGUGCUAUGGCAAAAUUUCACAUGGCAGUCCUGGGCUUUGGGCGCACUCAUUCUCUUCUCUCUCUUUGCGUGGCCGGAGCGUCGCUCUCUUUUCAUGAGGCAGCCAAUCCGGAUGCUGGCUUUUUCCUUCUUUCGACAAUGGCGGGAUUGACAGGUGCACAGUCUCGCUCGCUUUUCUCUUUUAUUUUUUGCAUCUGAGCUGCAUUGGGCGUGGACCCUUUGGUGUCAAGUUGAAGAUCAGGUCAAAAUGGUUGGGCUGGGUUCAAGCCUGAAAUCAUUUGGUGGGUGUUAUGAUGUUGAGCAUAGGAAGGGCAAAGGGUUGGAACGAUACGUUUCUCCAGGCUCCUGCGCAAGAGGGCAUUGGAUAAGGCUGUUUCGAUUCGAGGACUCAACUUUCAUGGCCUUUUUGCAAUGACAGGAACCGGUUGGGUUUGGGUACCAAAGACAGCCAGGAUUGCUGCUGGAAAAUUGUAUGGUCAAGCCUUGAGCUUAGGUUCUGGUGGAAUGGAAGAUGGUUUUGUGCAUGUAUGCAGUGGGCGAUGUCGAGAGUUAAGGAAACAAAGAGCCAAAGGAAAAUCGAUAUCGAACGCCCUGGGACAUCAAGGUCUAGUAUCCGGCAAUGCAGGACGUCAGGUCAUGAGCUGUACUACUAGCAUCAAACCAAGAGCUGAGGCUGCGGAAAACCGACUGCACUGCACUGGCAUGGGAAGCAGACGACAAGACACUGCAGCUUGUGUGAACUGAAGUGAUGCUCAAGCCAAGCGCUGCGCUCUUGUUGUCCAGACAACUUGAAGGCUUGCCAGGCCAUAAUGUACUAGUACUGUAACUUGAACCCCAAAAUCCGAUCUUGAGCCUACUGUAAAAGUAGUCAACCGAAAGAAAGAGUGUGCUGGGAUUCCCAAGAGAUGGCUCAAGUAGAAUCAGAGAGAACCCAUGGUCUCAGUUUCUCUAGUAGCUCUAUCCAAGAUCUAUCUAUGUAUGGCCACUUGGUGAUGGAUGAUGGUACGUAUAGUACGCC